ACUCAUUGAUUUAUCCCUUUCCAUUUAAGUCGUCCAGUUCUUGUAGGGUAUUACCAAAACUGUGUCCCAGUUUCUGCAGCUCUUACGCUUCUAAUUGGGACUCACGCAGAACAAAUGUUUGACUCAUUAACAGUUUGGUUAAUUGGAGACCCAAAUAGAGAAAUCGGAAAACCGGAACGCAGCUUUGCUUAUCAUGUGUCAUAUGGAUCAUAUCGAAAUGCGACAGCCACAGCAGCACAACUCGAAAUCUUUAAACGGGAUUCUCGUUGCGAUCAUCGUUUCGAUUUCAAUCACAGGCACCUGUGGCCUUUUGCUAUUUCCUACAUCUACGGUGCUGCAGCUGACGACAUCUAUGUCGGUGCCUAUUGAUAUACCAGACGCGCGAAAGGUCUUCAUGGACUUGGGUUUUCAAAUGAAUUAUAAUUUGCCAUAUGAUCUUGCCUCAUUCUACAAUUCGACCAUUUGGUCCAACGAGCUAGAGCGUCGUAAGCGUAAUUUAAAUAACUUAACAAGCACAGCCAUGGAUCUACUAGAGGCUGAGCGUGGAGUACAUCCCAGGGAUUUCACUGCCGGCGAGCUUUAUAUGGGUAUGGAGGGCAUAUUGGAGGACUACGGCUUUCACAGAUCCUGCUUGCUGCGCAGUGUCUGUGAACUGGCACUUCAUCCCUUGACGGAUAAUCACAGUUAUAGCUAUAGCCUGAUCGUUCAGAUCAUCAGCUUUUUGCUAACGCCUUCGCAGCAUGAUGGCUUUGGCCCCAACGAAAAGUUAUAUCAAUAUCGAUAUGAACGAGCCGAGAAAUUGGGCUUCAUCGGCGGUGAUUGCCAGCAAGCUUAUCCAAAGUGUAAGUUGGAUGUGCUCAAUAUUGUCACUAAUCUAGUCGGAUGAAAUAAAAUUACUUUAAAUCUAUAAAUAAAUAACUAAGCCAGUUAA